GGGAAAGGAAAGCAGCCUUUUGUCUCCUAGUUUCCAUCCGUCCAUCCGUUCCCAAUUCCAAUUUAACGAAGAGAGAGGGCGAGUCGCGAGAGGUAAACGACGACAGGUGCCGAGCCGGACUGCUGCUCUGCUUGGCGCUGAUAAUUCCGCCGGACGGACAGCCCCCUUUUAUCCAAUUCUUUGACAAUUCCACCGAUCGGAAGCCCAACGGUGAUAUAGAAGCUCUAAGGCAGAGAAGAUGGCAUCUUCUUCAGACGCGUGGAUGAAGGAGUAUAAUGAAGCGGCAAAGCUUGCGGAUGAUAUUACUGGGAUGAUAUCUUCUCUCCCUUCAUCUGGACCUGAAAGUCAACGUCAUGCUUCUGCUGCUCGCAGGAAGAUCACCAUAUUGGGUACCCGACUUGAUAGCUUACAGUCUCUUUUGACAAAGCUUCCCGGAAAGCAGCAAGUAUCAGAGAAAGAGAUGAACCGUCGCAGGGACAUGAUUGGGAACCUUAGGACGAAAGCCAACCAGAUGGCUUCCUCGUUGAACAUGACAAGCUUUGCCAACAGGGAUAGUUUGUUAGGCACUGAAAUUAAGCAAUCUGAUAUCAUGAGUCGAACAACUGGUUUGGACAACCAUGGCCUUGUAACUUUUCAGCGGCAAGUUAUGAGAGAGCAAGAUGAGGGCCUUGAGAAGUUGGAGGAGACGGUAAUCAGUACAAAACAUAUCGCCUUGGCAGUCAAUGAGGAACUGGAUCUUCACACCAGACUUAUUGAUGACUUGGAUGAGCAUGUGGAUGUGACAGACUCCCGCUUACGGCGAGUGCAGAAGCAAUUGGGAGUAUUGAACAAGCGAACCAAGGGUGGUUGCACCUGCCUGUGCAUGCUUAUGGCUGUAAUUGGGAUCGUAGCUCUGGUUGUGGUCAUAUAUAUGCUGAUCAAGUACUUAUGAUCCUGAGUGUCGUACCUGAAGCCCCUCAUUUCAGUUUAUCUGCCUUAAUUCUGCCUGCCUGCUGCUCUGCUCAUUCUGCAACAAGUCGCUCUUCCCUCCUCUUUUGCUUUACCUUUUCCCUGUCGCUUGUUUUGAGAACCAUUGUGUUUGGAGAUUUUCUGCUUCCGUUCCAUAUGGUGGUGCGAUGUUGAGGUGGCAGAAAUUGUAAUACGAAAAAUGUCGGGAACCAACUCUGUAAAUAAUCCCCCAACUGAUUUGGCCUGCGUGUCAUUCGUCUGUUUGAUCAACCAAAGCCGAAAAUUACACAUUUUAAUGUGAUGUAUGGUUGUGCACUGCCCUUCAUUAACAUUUUGCACUGCCCAUUGUCGACAUUGAGUAAUUGAUCACUGAUGUUCUGACUGUCAAGAAUAUGUCUUCCAAAUGCGCUUUUAUGAAACAACAAUGGUCGUCUCCUCUCAAAUGUCUUCCACUGCGAUUGAGUCUAGACAGUGGUAGACAAAGUCGUUAGGAUUAACA